GUGUGUGGAAAAGGUGCAGGUAUUCCACCUGUUCCUUCAGUACAGCCCAGUGGCCCUUAUCCAGGACCAGUUGCAAAUCCAAAUCAUAUUGGAUUUAAUAUAGAUGGUCCUGCACCUCCAUAUGAGAGUGUAGUUGGAGGCAAACCACCAUUUAAUGCCUCACCAUUUGCUCCUACGCCACAACCAAGAACAAAAUUUCCUGUGGAUACACUUCCUGAAUUACCAUCAGUUCCAAGUUCUGUGUUACCUGAUUUAGGGGAUACAAAUAAUGGAGAAAAUGAUGUUGAUUUUGACGAUUUAGCAAAAAGGUUUGAAGAGCUUAAGAAACGCAAAUGACAUUUUAUGGGCUACAUAUAUUUUAGUCUUAUGUCUGAGAUAAGAAAAUGCUAUUUUUUCUAACACUGAAACUGUUUGAAUAACAAAGUCUAUGCGAGUUAUUUUCUGGAAAAUAUAACAAUACUUAAUUUACUGUCAUGUUUCCUCCUGAAAAUCGUUUAUGUAUCUGCAUUUUUUAAAUAGUUAGAAGUAGGAUGCAUGAUAUGAAUUGUAGCUAGGCUAAUUUUUUAAAUGUAAUAAUGUAAAUGUGUAUAGUUUUUGAGGAAUUUAAGGAAAAUUUUGCUAUAUUAUGGAUAAAUUUUCCUUUCCUUAAAAUGCAAAUAUAAAAAUUGCUAAAGCUUAUUUGAAAGUAUUAACAUGAUAUAAGAUAUUUUAUACCUAAUUUUUCUCCUGUACUAUAUAAGUAGUCAAUGUCAUAGGUCAAGGUUAUAUGUCAGUAAGUAUUUAUAUUAGAAAUUUAUUUUAUGCAGUUAUAUAGAAAAUCUUUGAGUCAUUAUAUAACGAAGCAAUUUUAAGUGUUUAAUCUUCCCUUAAAAUAGUAUAUUAUUGACUUGACUUCCUGUUAAAAAAAGUCAUUUGCACAGAUGUAGAAUGUCACAAAAAUUAUUGUCAAUUUUUCUUUCUACUACGACAAAACUAUUUUUUAAAGUUUCAAUUUUAAAAUCAGAUUGAUUGUAAUUUAAAUCAGAAAAUAAACAGGUGAAGUAAAAAAAUAAUAUUCAUUCUGCACUAUUAUUAUUGUGUGAUUAUGUUUAGUAGUAAUGGAUGAUGAUUAUGUUUGCUAACAAUGAAUAUGAUAGAGUGAUCUAUGUUAAUAUAAGCCCUGUAGAAUGACUGCAAAAUAGGGACACUGAAAAUGCAUUUCCCGCAAUUCUUCUGGAGAGAUGUGGUAAGGGAAGAAUGAUACAAAACUUUUGAUGCUAUUUGCUGGAGUAUUCUUGAUCAAAACGGGAAUAACAUUAAGAAAUAACAAUUGAGGGUUUUGCAAUAAAAAAAAAAAAAAAA